AUGAAGUCUUACCAGAGGCUGGCUGGUGUACAAGAUUUUGGUUUCGAGGCUGCUUUUGUUGCUGUGAGUGAGUAUGUUGCCAGUGCUUUUACCCAUCUUCUUCAUGAAAUAUCCGACACUCUCUUGCAAAUUCAAAAGGAAGAUGGCACAGACAAGGAAUAUCCUUUGGGAGCUGCCCUUGAGGCCACCAAAAAUACUUUGAUUCAAGGCAGUAUAAAACUCUUAUUGUGUAGGAUUUCCGUGUUGGGAUUGAUAUUGAAGCUAAGAGACAUGAUGAUUGGUUGGAUACGUGAAGGGUUUCAGAGGUUCUUCAGACGACUUAAUGAUGAGUUACUGUUGCUCUCCGGACAAAAUGUUAAUGAAACUGGGUCCUUGUUGUCAUUGUCAGGUGGUGGUUAUGCUUUUGAUCCUGCUCAAGUGUGUCACACCUUUAGAGCGGUUGGGGAAAGGCUCUUGCAACAUUUGAGUAAAUUGAUUGAGGCUUCCUUUACAGUAUGUAAAUAUGAGAACCCAAAGGAUUUCUGUUCUUUUGAAGAAGAGGCUGACAACACCGAAUUGGGUCAAGUAGGAAGAGAAGUGAAGCAGAUAUUAGGUGAAGGAGGAUGGGUUGUGCGUAAACAUGCGCGCACGGAGAAGAAUGGAAGAACAAGCUCUUCACGCAACAAUACUAAUAAUAAUAACCGUUCAAACACCAACAUGGCUAGGAGUCAGCUCCUGGAAACUCAUCUGGCAAAGCUGUUUAAACAAAAAAUGGAAAUCUUCACAAAAGUCCAACACACACAGGGAUUUGUUGUGAUGAGCAUUGUGAAACUUUACCUGAAAAGCUUCCAGGAGUUUGUUAGGCUUCAGACAUUUAAUCGGAGUGGGUUCCAGCAGAUUCAAUUGGACGUGCAGUACCUCAAAACCACCCUCAAAGACACAACUGAUUCUGAAGAUGAGGCUGCUCUUGAAUUCCUACUUGAUGAGGUGAUUGUUGCUGCUGCAGAACGUUGCCUUGAUCUUAGUCCUCUGGAGCCUGACAUCCUAGACAGACUUGUACAACUCAAAUUGGCUAGAUAGGCCCACCAAUGUAUCCAUUUCCAAUUCCAAUUCCAAAUCCAAUCCAAGGAUUUUUUUUCUUUUUUUUAAAAAGAGAGCAACAUAUCUGUUUGUUGUAUGCUUGUGUUAUAUAUAUAGAGAGAGAGAGUGAGAGAGAGCAUCACAAGUGUAUUUACGGUGUUACAAAAUCCAUGGUGUUGGGGUCUAGAUUCUUGUUUUCAUAUACAAAAAUUAAAUACCAAGUCAACUGUUUAUUCGGAUCAUAUCCAUCCAUGUAUUGUAUUUAGAUUGGUGGCUCAAUCCAGAUUAUCACCACCCUAAAAAUUAGAAACUCAUAGGAUCGGUCUCCUUUUGUAUUGUCUAGAGUAAGUGAUGGUAGAUGAAUAAUUGUU